CAAAUUGGUUGGCCAAUGCAGCCAGCGUGACAUUCCAAUUAACUAAUGGAAUUGUAUACUGAGUUGCUACAUGUCUGAGCUGCUGCAAAGGUAAGUCUACAGAGAUGCGAGAAGACGGGGAAUGUCAUAGAAAGAACUGCAGGCAGUUUUCUUCUACAUAUGGUUCUUCAGCCAGAUCUUUGCAUAACUAAAGCACUGCAUAAGAGAUCCCUUUGAUUAUUUCAAAUUGAAAAAUCUUGCCAAGCGUGGCUGUCACAUGUGUUACGACAUCAGUAAUGGAAUCGGUGUUGCUGCUGUCACCCAUUACAGCACUGGAAUUUGUUGGAGAGCAUCUCCUUGCAGGUGAGGGACCGAUCCUGAGUGUCUAUAGCCUGAAAUCUGAGACAGAGAGCUACAGAAAUUGUUUAAAGAAUGUCUUGGGCAACUGCCACAUCCAUGGGAUUAAGCAGUGCUGUCUUCAAAAUUCAGAAACAUUUGGUCAACUUUUAGCUGUGUUUGGUGGCAAGUGUCUUAUUGUACUGCAGUUUAAUGAAAGCAAUGGUGGAGCAGUGCUGCAGGAGGUCUCACGUCUGUGGGAACUUCACGACUGGAUAUGGGAUGUUCAGUGGCUGGCAGUGAGCAACGAAAAGGCAUUGUACCUUGGUUUAGCCCUUGGCCAUAAUUCUGUUGUCCUUUAUGAUUACACAGUAGGAAAACCCCUGAAAGAAGUGCAUUGUGAAGAAAAAUGUAUUUUAUAUUCAGCACAUUUUUUUGGACAAACCUGGCAUGAAUUAGUGUUAAUAUCUGGAACUGUCUUUAACCAGCUUGUUGUUUGGCGCAUGAGUGGGUCAGCCAAUACAGACGGACGAAUAAAAACAGAAAAAAGAAUAAGCGGGCACAAUGGGGUAAUUUUCAGUGUUUUUUAUUUACAGAAUAAAGGCAUUCUAGCUUCAGCUUCUGAUGACAGAAGCAUUAGACUGUGGAAUGUUGGAGACCUGAAACAAGACCCAAGUUUUUCUCCUGACCUUGUUCAGUGCCUGCUUAUGUUGUAUGGUCACCAGUCGAGGGUGUGGUCAGUAAAACUGUUAAAUGACUACAUUAUUAGCAUAGGAGAAGACUCUGCUUGCAUUGUUUGGAAUUACAGUGGAGAAAUUCUCCACCAUUUUAAGGGGCACGUUGGAAGAAGCAUUCGAGCAGUAGCUGUCAAUGAAGACCAAGGCUGGGUAGUUACAGGUGGUGCUGAUUCUGGCAUUAGACUAUGGAAGAUUGGAAAACAUAUAUUAGAGGAAGAUGGUCCUGUGUGCCUUAAUUUGUGUGGAGUUACAAUCACUGGACUUCCAAAAGCUGUAACCCUUGUUGGACAAAGUCAGCUUCUGGUUAUGACUGAUGCUGGGUGUGUAUACUCAUACUGCUUAAUAUCCAAACAGUGGAAUUUUAUCUUGGAAGACUCUAGUUACCAAUCAUACAGUUUACUAGAGGUUGUAGAAUUACUCAAUGGACUUGUGCUUUGUGCUAUAGGGAAUAUAACAGGGCAUAUCAAAAUAUUCUUGCUGUCCUGUCCUGGAGAAUAUAUAGAGAAAAAAAUUUAUAAUGGUAAAGUUCACAGCCUGAGCUGGGCCUUCCACAAAGAGUAUAAUGCAGAUCGGUGCAAUCUCUUUUGUUCUGGUCCUGAAGGUAUAAUGGUUUGGUUAGAGGUUUUGUGUUGUAAUAACUGUAUAGUAUCUGUGGAAGGAAAGCAUCAUUAUCUGCUGCCUAUGUGCAAACAGAGAUGGCACACUGGCAUUGCAUUCUUGCACCAAGAAGACCUGUUUGUAUGUGGAGACCGCAGGGGAUCGUUAUUGUUAUAUUCUUGUACUGCAGCUAAAGUUACUGAUGGGGGAUCAAAGCUUUACAAAGCAGCACUCUUCCCGAAGAACAGCAGUGUUGAAUUGGAGAACUAUGUAAGGUUGGAUGUUAAAAACCCAGUUUUAGAAAAGGUGACACUUCAGGGCCAGGAACCAGUUUCUAUUCUUUAUGGACUUCAUGGAAAGGUGGGGGCAACAUCAGUCUGUUUUCAUGAAGGUUUCAUUUAUAGUACUGGAAGAGAUGGCUGCAUUUGUCAGUUGAAAGUGGAAGGUGGGCAACUUAAAGUUCUGAGGAGUCAGAGAGUCUGUAAAGGAAUGGAUUGGAUAGAGCAGCUGUUUUUCACCCCUGAGAAUGACCUGCUAGUAUUGGGUUUUCAUUCUAUCAGCUUUGUUCUCUGGAGUACAAGGACCAAUGAGAAACUGUGGUCAGUACAUUGUGGGGGAGGCCAUCGGUCAUGGAGCUACAUCAGGACCAAUUUUCAAAACAUUUUCGCUUAUAUUAAAUCAGGUGACAUAUUUGUCUGCCAAAGACAGCUUUCUGAUUACAGCCAGCCAUUAAUUAAGGAAUGCUUGCAUGGCCGAGAACUUGCUUGUGUAAGACAUCUGACUGGGUUUAAAAAGACUAAUUGUGAACAUGUGAAAAUUUUAGUAACAGGCAGUGAAGAUACUACAAUGAACAUUUUUGCUUUUUCUGAAUCUCUGGGCUACAUUGAAAAGCUGGCAACCAUCAAUGAUCAUAUUUCAAGCAUUAAAGCGAUGGCUGUGUCUGUUGUUGAAAAGACUAACACAUGCACCUCCGCUGUUUUGUUCUCUGGAGGGGGUAGGGCUCAGCUGGAAUGUUAUCAGCUACUUUUAAACUACAGUCCAACAACAUGUGAUGUUAAAAGUCAGGUGAUACACUUAGCCUCUCAUAGGCUGGAUGAACAGUGGGACCACAUGAGGAACAGACAUAAACUGAUUAAAAUGGAUCCAGAAACAAGGUACAUGUCUGUAGCAGUACUGAAUGAUGAAACCAAGCCUGAAGGAAGUCAUGAGUGCCUCCUAGUUGCAGCAUGCAGUGAUGGUUUUAUCAGGAUGUUUAAACUGCAGGAAAAUAAUAAGAAGCUGCUGCUACUUGCAGAGUCCUGUUUUCACCAGAGGUGUGUUCUCAGGGUGGAGGUGUUUUCCUAUCAGCCUGCAUGUGGACAGAGGAGAACAUUUAUGUGUAGUGCUGCAACAGAUGGGAAAAUUGCAUUCUGGGAUAUAACUGAGCUUAUCAACAGAGUACAGUCAGCACAUAAUUUUGUGGACUUGGAACAUGGCAUUUUGGAUUUGGGAUGCCCAGAGUCAGUUCUGCAAAUUCACCAGUCUGGAGUUAGCAGCCUGCAUAUUCGAGACACUGAGAAAGAUGGAGAGUAUUUACUUGCAACUGGAGGUGAUGAUAAUGCUGUUCACUUAUGCUUCCUUACUGUAGAUCUGGCUUCUGAUGCUGUAGAACCAAGUGCAGUGACAAAACACCACCCCAACAACUCUGAAGUUGCAGUGGAACAUUGUGUAAGCCACUGCUCAGUCCAAGUAAUUAAGAAACUCUCAGCAUUUUUUGCCCAUGCAGCCCAUGUAACAGGAGUCAGGAUUCUAGAUGUCGGACUGCUUGCAUCUACUUCUAUAGAUCAGAGAUUAACACUUUGGAAGAUAGAAGAAGAUGGUUUGCAGUUUCUUUGCAGUAAGUUUUGCCACGUAGCAGAUGUUGCUGACUUGGAGUGCUGGAAAGAAGAAAAUAGCAAGACCCACUUUUUUGCACUGUGUGGGCAGGGCCUGCAGAUAAUCAAAAGCCAAGAGUCUGGACUUACUCAAGUAUAAUGAAUUUUCAGCAGUACAGGGUGGAUCAUGACCAUCAUCAUCACAGUUUCAGUUUAUGACUGUUUAUGUUUGUAAAUUAUAUUUACUCUUAAGCACAGUAGAAGUGACUGUCCAUAUAAAAAGUGUAAAUUGCUUCUGUUUCUUUUUAUAUAUAUUUUCAUUCUGUAUCAUUGUCCUUGUCCAGAGCAUACUGUCACAUUUGUUGCACUCUUCUCAUGUUAGCCAUUUGGCUAUGUUUGCAAGUAAUUUUAUCAUUAGCUUCAAGAGAAUGCAAACUGUUGUGCCAAGAGUUGUCUUAAUCCCCCUUUAUAAUCUGGUUGGUCUUUGGGAUUGUGGGGUUUAUGUGUCUACUGAAGCUACUUUUCCAUGCCUUUGUUUUAUAGGCCUGUGUUACAAACACUGCAGAACAGAUUUACUUAUAUAAAUUUUUUUAUUCUGCUCAA